CUCCGCCCCCAGGCUCCUCGCAGCGCCGUGGGAGGCCCGGGAAGUGGCCCAGGAGAAGGCCCCGGAGGAGGGAGGCCGGUCCGUCCGUCCAUCCACCCGCUCCCUCGGCUUGUCGUCGCCUUCCCUGCAUCAUGUGUGCCUGUCCCGGCUCGGCGGAGGACCGCUGCUGCCCCCGGGUAGCAUCGGUGCAGGAUAAAGAGCAUCCAAGAAAUCUGAUUCCAGAGCUCUGCAAGCAGUUUUAUCAUUUGGGCUGGGUCACUGGGACUGGAGGAGGAAUUAGCCUGAAGUAUGGCAAUGAAAUCUACAUUGCUCCAUCAGGAGUACAAAAAGAACGAAUUCAGCCGGAAGAUAUGUUUGUUUGCGACAUAAAUGAGCAGGAUAUCAGUGGACCUCCAUCAUACAAGAAUCUAAAGAAGAGUCAAUGUACUCCUCUCUUUAUGAAUGCUUAUACCAUAAGAGGAGCUGGAGCAGUGAUCCACAGUCAUUCGAAGGCUGCCGUCAUGGCUACCCUUAUCUUUCCAGGACAUGAGUUUAAAAUUACGCAUCAAGAGAUGAUAAAAGGAAUCAGAAAAUGUACCUCAGGAGGGUGUUAUAGAUACUAUGAUACACUAGUGGUCCCCAUUGUUGAGAACACACCUGAAGAGAAGGAUCUUAAAGAACGAAUGGCUCAAGCAAUGAAUCAAUACCCGGAUUCCUGUGCUGUAUUAGUGAGGCGUCACGGAGUAUAUGUAUGGGGAGAGACUUGGGAAAGGGCCAAAACCAUGUGUGAGUGCUAUGACUACUUGUUUGAUAUUGCGGUACAGAUGAAGAUGAUAGGAUUGGACCCUUCAGAGCGUCCAGCUGGCGAAAAUGGAAUUGUAUAACCGUUACAGAAGUUAUUUGUAGCUAAUGAGCCCAGAAUUUCUACCCUGCUUGUAUUGUACUCACCCAAGCACUUAGUAUAGUGUUCGGCACGUAAUAAGUGCUCAAUAAAUAUCUUUAGUGAUGAUGCUUGUAUAGAGAUUUUGUAUUCUUAAGGGGCAUGUUACACUAUUACUGAAAACUUUGAUAUACCGUGACAAUAGGAAUAAUAUAUUUGAUCACCAAGUUUUUUGGUGGGCAUUUGAAUUCACAAUUUCCCAAGGUAUGCCAUUUGAUUGCCUUCCUUUACACUACUUUACUACAUCUGGGAAGAUUUGUCGUGAAAUCUAGUCUAGCUGCUACUGUCCAUUUGCUGCCCUUGAUAAUACAAGAUGAGUAACUAUUUUUAAUAAACAUAUUGAACUCAGCGUGUCCAGAA